AUGGGCGACAUAAGCAAUUCAGAGCCCAUGGCGGAAAGAAUCUCGCGGUUGAGCCUUGACUACGCAUACACUACUUGUCGCUUGGCCGAACCUAGGGAGAAACUAACUCUGGAAGAGGCGAAGGCAAUACUCGAUAGACUCUACGAGUCCGGAGUGCCAUUUUUCACCAAAGAGUUAAUCCAAUAUAUGUGGGAUCAGACCAAGCGAGACCUAGCGCAAGGCGACACAAUACUUACGAAAGACGUAACCGGCGCGAUUGUUGCGUACGAUGUGGACACGGGGAAGGUUCAGCCAUGGGUGCUGGCUGAUGAUACGGAAUUGGAAUAUGUGUGCAAGGAACUGGUCCUCGAUUAUCAGUGUCGAGCAUCUCUCAGAAACGAUAUUGAUCGGGGAGGAUACUCGUUAUCACACUGGGAGCUCUGUCCAGUCAGGAUCAUGCAUAAAACACAUGAAUGGGACAGCAAGCUUGAGAAAAUUAUUCCACGGCGUGGCCCCCUGGACCGUGAAAUGGUUGCAAAAAUGUUCCAUGACAAGACCCAAGAAUGGAAAGAGAGCCCAGCCUGCGAGAAGUUCAAGACAAUUCUUUCAUCUUCGGCAAAGAAUCAUGAAAUCGACAAGAUCGUCACGUUUGCUCUUGGUACGAUGUCUCACCAAUGUUUUAAUGAGAACGGUAGUCUCGAAACUAGCGCUGGAUGGUCAUCUGCACUUCAGCAUGCGCUUCUCGUUACCGUGAUGGAAUGGCUAAAAGAAAGAGAUCAUAAAGAGAAAGUCUUAUGUUACUCACAGGACCCAGCUUAUACCGAGGUGGAUAAGAAGAUUCUGGACGAGGAAGGCAUCGAGGUGAUUGAUGAUCCGCGUGGUUGGCUCGAGGUGGACGAGCACUCGGUCGUACUCUCCAUAGCACCGAAUGUGCCUGUGAAGGAGAUUAUUACGGACAUUGCUCGACCUGCAGUUAUUAUUUGGUGUCGAGUGGAAUUCUACGAUGGACUUGGUCAGGGAUAG